AUGGCAGGCACCAUCGACCUUACGGCCCUCGCGCCCACCGACACCGUCAUCAAGCUGCCGCACCCAUACCUCACUGAAUACACCGUCAAGCGCGCCGACGACAACCUCUUCCAGCUGGACCUCAAGAAAGGCUCAUCAGUUCAGCCACUUCCAUUUGAGUUGCACUCAUCCCAGUUGCUCUUCUCUGCGCCCGCCGAUCUCAAAUCUAGCGAGUUGCCUGAAUCAGCUAACAACAGCCCGUGGGCACGCGCUCGACGCUCUCCGUUCUCCAAUGUCUCCUGGGGUGAUGCCGACAGCACACCCACACUUGCUCAGGCGUGGCUGCUUCUUUAUGUGCUCUUCACCAUAAGGCCGGGUAUGGAAAUGGUACGACUUCAGCUCACUGGAAAUGGCACCAAUGUGCUCUCAAAGCAGCUGCACAAUGUGCUUCUCGGAAUUGAGCACCCGAAGUCGGCCAAUGGCGCUGCGCCUGAAAUUGCGAGCAUAGACACGAGAAGCACCGUUGUUAUCUUGCGUAGCACUUUUUGGCAGGGUGCUGGAUCGCCAUUCGGGCCUCGCCCCGUCUGGUGCCCUACCGAGUCUCCCUCAUCAUUGCCGGCCUCGAACCCUCUUUCAUCAUACCCCCUUACGCCCCUGCAACAUACCAUUAGCAUCGCCUCAGCCGGUGACCCGCAGGACCGGAGUCGUUACCAGCAGUCGUGGCACCCAAUUCGACCUGCGAAGCCCGCACCUGGUGCGGUGAUCUACAGUCGCUGGAUUCCUCAUCUCAAGGAGACGUUUUCUAUGGUAUCUCUCGAUUAUACCGAUGCCGAACACCUGCGACUGUUUCAUGAAUGGCAAAACGACCCCCGUGUUUCUCAGGGCUGGAAUGAAACGGGCACCCUGGAGCAGCACCGCGAAUACUUGCGAAAUAUUCACGAAGAUCCUCACCAAGUUGCCCUGCUGGCAAAGUGGGACGAUACCUAUUUUGCCUACUUUGAGGUGUACUGGGCCAAGGAAGAUCGCCUGGGUGGCUACUACGACGCUGAAGACUUUGACCGCGGCCGUCACUCUCUCGUUGGCGACAUCCGCUUCCGCGGACCUCAUCGUGUUACAGCCUGGUGGAGUAGUCUGAUGCACUACCUUUUUCUCGAUGAUCCACGUACUAUGUGGGUGGUCGGUGAGCCUAAGGAUUCGAAUUCCACCGUCGUCAUGUAUGAUUUGAUUCAUGGAUUUGGCCUCGACAAGUUUGUCGACUUGCCGCACAAGCGCAGCGCCUUUGUGCGCUGUCCUCGGGGCCGCUUCUUCCAGCUUUGUCCGUUGGGCGAGCAGGAGAAAGCCGUUGGCGGUAUGAGAAUUGGUCUUGUACCAAAAUUGUAG